AUGGAUAAAGAAGAAGGAAAUCCCCAGGAUAUGGUUGAUGCUCCAAACCCAGGCACAUCUGGAAGCAUGUCAGCUUCAAAGAAAAAGAAAGUCUAUAAUAUGGAACCACGCACACCGCUCAAGAGACAGAGAGUGCCUGUUAACAGAUUCCAGUCUCCUGCCACUGAGGAAUUACCUGCAUCUUCCUCAAAAACACCCAAAGGAAGUAAGGAAGAAGCAGUUGUACUGCAAUACAAGAAAGGUGUCUUUCUAGCCGUCAGAGGGGAUGAAGGAAGUUUUUAUAUGUGCCGUACACAACAAAAUGUGUAUAAGACUACGAAGCAUUUUAAGAUUCAAUGGCUGGAUUUACAUGAACCUCCAAAUAUAUAUAAGUUUGACUUCUUGGAUGCAACUGAAAUUGAAUGUGUUUUGACCAAUGUCAAAAUGGAGAGAAUUGCAAGGGAAACCUACAGACUGCCACAUUCAGAGCAGACACGUAUUGAAAACAUUCUUGUUAAAGCCCUUAAGAAGGAAAAGGGAGAACUUGUUGAAGAAGAUGAAAUGCUAGUUGAAGAAUCAGGUGGUGAGGAGGAUUUUGCUGAGGAUGACAGUGAUGAAGAAGACUGGGAAGAUGAGGAACCAUCUGCAAAGAAAGCUAAAUACUCCAAAAAAGAGAAGACAAAGGCAUCUCCAAAAUCUAGGAAAAGCAUUACAGUUGCUCUUAAAGGUUCCAAGAAAUCAAACGGCAAACCAAAGGGAAAGAAACCUGAAAAAGAAAAAGGAAAAAGACAGAAGAAGGAAAAGAAACCAGAGAAGGAAAAGAAACGGGGCCCAGACAGAAAGCUUAAACCAAAUCCCAAAGUCAGAAUCGUUGAAAAAGAUCCUCUAUUCCAUACAAAAGAUCAUGUUCCAUUCAUCUCCAAAAAUGCCCAUGGCAAGUUAGUAUUCCGUGCAAUCUUCCAGAAUGAUAUUGCUCUCUUGAAACAACUGUUAGAAGAUGACCAGCAUGUCUACUCAGUAGGUGCUGCAAAGUCCUUGGCCGAUAGUUGGACAGCGCUUCACUAUGCCCUGAAAAGUAAUAACAUGGAAGCUGUGAAUUUGCUAGCCAAGGAUAUUUUAGCAGAGUCUGAUGAGAAAAAUGUACGCAGAAAGCUGCCAAAGCCUCAACAGCUGAUAUCUACCAUCAGUACUGGAACGUACAAUCCGAUGUAUCUGGGUGUACGAGCUGUUCGGGCACUAACUGUCAGCCGAGGAGGCAAGGAAGGAAAUCAAGCCUUUACAAAGGAGAGAGAAGAAUGCGACUUGUUCAAUGACAUAAUCACCAAAGCACUUCAGAUGGGUGUCAACAAAGAAACUUUGGAUGCAUUGGUUGCAAAUUGUGGUGAAAAUUACAUGUAUCAAUUUAAUGAAGAGAAGAUGAACAACAUUGUUUUUGCUGUACUUCGUGGUCACAGAGGUCUCGCUGGAAAGUUAAUGGAAGAUGCUUUGAAUCGUGGAGGGUUUGGUUUCAACUUCUUACAUAAAGAUGUACUGGUUUUCAAUAAUGAAGACUUGAAACCAUUCCAAAGUGCAUCUGUGAGGAAAAAACCUUUAAACAAUGCUGCUAUGACACCACUGCAUUGUGCAUGUAUCAAUCCCAAUACCAAGUACUUGGAGAAGCUUUUGUCAGUGGAGCCAGAUAUCAGCCUAGAGGACAAAAGUGGCAGGAGGCCCAUACACUAUGCUGCUGCAUGUGAGUCUAUCGCACCUCUGGAACUCCUAAUCAAGAAAGGAGCAAAUCCAAAUGAAGUGACCAAGAGAAGGUUCACCCCUUUACACUAUGCCUGCUAUGCAGAGCGACCAAAGAACAUAGACCUAUUGUUGAAAACAGCUACAGCUAAGAAUGUUGCUGAGGGCGAUGGAGGCGAUCCGAUGAUAGCCAAAUGGGGCAUUGGAGGUAUCAAUCGUCCAAACUGGGAGACAGUCUGUCCUAUCCAUAUUGCUGUGCAAAGUGGCAAUGCAGAAGUUGUCCGGUCUCUUUUAAAACAUGGUGUUGAUGUAAACAAACCUUUAUCAGCUGGCAAAGAAAAAGUCUCGCCAUUGAUGAUUGCAGCAGGAAAGGGGAAUUUGGACAUAGCCAGACUGCUUAUACAAGCAGGUGCCGUCGUGGAACAGCUUGAUAAAUUCAAGAGAACAGCACUGACUCAUGCGGUCAUGAAUGGCAGUGUGACAGUGACAUCAUACCUACUGUUUCUGGGUGCAGACCCCAAUCGUGUGGAUAGCUCCAACAACUCACUGGUGCACUAUGCUGCAGCUUAUGGCUGGUACUUUGUCCUCAAGAUGCUUGUGAAUGAGGGUGGUGCUGACCCAAAAAAAGCAAACGACUGGAAGUUGACACCUGUUGGAAUAGCCUUCAUGAAAGCCCACAUGGGUUUGGUCGACUUUCUUUUGAAAAUGCCUGGAGUUGAUAUCAACUUUAAAAAUGAUUCAGGAAAGACAUUGAUCAGUGUUGCCUGUAGUAGUGAGCUGAACAGUAGUUUGUACGACCAGAUUGUGUACCUGAUGGACAAGGGAUCUGACCCUAGUAUUACAGACAUUGACGGCCUGAAUGCUCUUCAUCAUUUAGCUGGAAACACCGUGAAACCAGGACAUGUCAGUGGUCCAAACUAUCAGAAGAAGUAUGAUGAAAACAUGGAUUUAACCGUGAAGAUUGCAGAACUACUGAUGAAGGCAGGUUGUAAUCCAGCUGUGAAAACUACAAAGAAGCAAACAGCUGUCACAUUGGCAAUAGAAAAGGUAAACACGAAGUUGGUGCAUCUUUUAGUAGAGAAAGGUGGUGUUAUAUCUGCUGAGAAAGAUGAGAAUGGCGCCAACGCUUUGCAUCAUCUUGCUCAACAAUGCAUGGGAAAUGAUCUGUCACCGCUAUUGAAAAUCCUGGCACAAGAGAACCCAUUAAAUAACAUUAAAGAAAAUGGACUUGAUGAAAAAAUGGAAGUAGACUCUAAUGAAAAUGGAGAUUCUGUGAAAAUGGUCAAAGAACCAGAGAUGCCAAAGCUGAAGAAAGUGAUGUCAUUUAGGUCUGGGUUAGAGGGAAUUAAACAGAUGGUGACAGAAGUAGAUCAUUCUGGCUACACACCAUUCCUUCUUGCCUGUUCUACGUACUCCAGCUUCACGAAACCACAUGACAUGAAGGAUUCUGAAGUGCCAAAAGUUUAUCAGAAUGGAUGUGAUUUUAUCAAAACUUUAGUAGAAUUAACUGGUUUGGAUGUAUCAAUAACUGUCCAGAAAAAAUAUCAGGUGAAUGAUGUAAAUAAAAUGUCUUCUGAGGAUAAACAAGAGUACGAUGAAUGUGGAAAGCAAUCUGCUGUUCACUUCAUGAUACAUAGGGGAAGGAAGUUUUCAGAUGGUUCUGAUUUUCCUGGCCUGAGAAUGAUUCUAGAAAAGAAACCUGAUCUGGAAUUGAAAAACUUGGAUGGGAAAACUGCACUGGCUGUUGCAGUAGAGAAACAGAGCAAGGAGGCAGUUGAAAUACUGCUUGCUGCUGGAGCAAACCCCAACACGACCUUCCCUCUGGACAAGGAAACCACAGUAACAGUUUUGACUACAGCAGCCAAGUUGGGAAAUCCUGACCUAGUGAGACAGCUAGUUAAGGCAAAGGCUCAGGUGGACUGUCGAAACAGUAAAAAUAAACAGUCACCUCUUCACUUAGCUGUGGCUAACAGAAAUAAUGAGUCUAAUGCCGUGGACAUGGUUCAGGUCCUUCUAAGUGGUGGUGCUGACGUAAACUCUGUUGAUAUCAACAAGUGUACACCUUUACACAUGGCCGUCAGUUUCAACUCUGGGACAUCCAAUGCCAGCACAGAUUUGGAGGAGCUGUUGAUAUCUCAGGGAGCUAAUGUAUUUGCCAAAGACAUCGACAGUAGAAUGCCAAUCCACUACACAUUUGUUAAGCAGGGAUGUUCCUGUGUUAGUUCCCCCCUGGAUCCUGUUGAGUUGUGCAGUGUUUUGACCAAAGCGAUGAGGGAUCAACAGAUUGAUGAGAUAGACAAAUCUUGUCAGACACCACUACACCUAGCAGCUAACAGAGGAGCAACAAUUUGUUGUGUUCAUCUUCUACAGAGGAAAGCUGAAGUGAAUCGUAAAGACAAAGAGGGUAACACACCUCUGUCUUUGGCUGUUAACAAAGGCCAUGACAGCUGUGCUAUCAUGUUGAUACAGAAAGGUGCCAACGUAGCAGAUAAGGUUAUUAUUGUACCACCAGAGAAAAAAGAGAAAAUUACAGACAGAAAACCAUCCUGGAAAUGGAAACCUGAAAUAGUAAUAGAGAAAGAUGAAGUGGAAACCUACACCAUAUUCCAGGAGGCAAUUAAAAAAGAGCUGCAGGGAGUUGCACACAUGGUACUGGAUAAUACUACAUUGGACAGCAUGGUCAUAGAGGCUGCUUUGCGUGUAAACAGAUAUCAUGUAGCUUUGAGGUUGUUGAAGAGGAUAACCACCUUGAGCAGUCUACAAAUCACCAAUGCUAGUCAUCAAAAUCUGCUACAUGUUUUGGCAUUGCAUACAGCACCUAGGUCACAAGUAGAUCUACAGUUGAGGGUUGCCAAAAUGUUGAUAGAGAAAGGUGUUUCUAUCUCUGCAAGAUACAUGCUCUCAAUGCAAAAAUUACACUUCAAGCAAGACAAGACAUUAGAUCUCAGCAAGAAAGACAAGUUUGGACGAUCAGUGUUGGCAGCUUUCUUCUGGAAUCAGCAUGACAUUAUUAUAUCUACUGAAGAGAGCACAAAAUGGUUGAAGAUGUUCUUGUCAAAGGGUGGUAAUUUCAACUUUCUGUAUGACUACCCUUUGUCAGAUGUGCCUACAUUUGAUGUUGUGCAGAAUGUAAAUCCAGACUAUCUUACCUCUGCCAGCGAGAGAAGAAUAUCGCCAGUCAUUUUUUGCAUCCACUUUGCUGAUUUUGGGACAGCCAAAUUUCUUCUUGAUCAGGGUGCAUCACCCAAUUUUCCUGAUAGUCAGGGUGUAACUCCUCUUAUGCAUGCUGUAAAGUCGAAUGAUCUUUCCUUGGUCAAAUUAUUACUCAAUUACUCCUUUGAGUCUUGUGACACUCCUAGCAAAAAACCUGCUCUGGUGAGGAAAGCUUCUAGACAGGUGUUCACAAUCAAACCCUUCAGUUCUCUAACCAGUGUGGCUGAGGAGGAGGACCAGGGGGAUGAGGAAGAGGAGGAGGACCAAGAUGGAGAAGAUGAAGGUGAAGAUGAGGUUAAUGAGGAAGAGCAGGAUGGAGAUGAUGAAGGGGAUCAUGAAGAGGAAGAUAAUAAUGAUCAAGAUGAUGACGAUGAUGACCAUGACACAGAUAUAGUGGAUUCAGACGAGGAUGAUGCCCCAGAAAAACUUCCUUCACUUACGCGCAUGGGAUCGAAAAAGGUCUCUCUUCUUAGUCAAGGCAGCAGUGUUAACAAAGAGGAAUUCCCCACAGUAGAAAAGACUAGUCCUGUAGAUCUAAAUGCAACAGACUGUCAGGGAUGGACUGUGAUCCAUCAUCUUGUGUGCCCAUUGGACUAUGGUACUUAUGAUGCGGAGGAGAUUCUGUAUGUGUUGUGGAAGGCUGGUGCUGAUGUGUUAAAAAAGGACAAUGCAGGGCUAUCCCCUCUCCAACAUUCAUUAAUACAUAGUGCUUCUAAACUUUCUAAACGGCUGCAGAUGAUAGCUGGUGUGGAGGAAAGCAAGAUGGAGAAGCCUACGUUAGUGACACAAGAAGUCAAAGAUAGUCUAUUAUCAGGGGGAUCGACAGUUAAUUAUCAGACAGAUGCUGAAGAAAUGCUCAAAAUUCUGGACAGCCAGGCUUCUCAGUCAAUGGAGGUGUCCAAAGUCAAAGGAGAUGACAUUGAUGAUGACUCUGAGAAUGAUGACAACGAUUUUAUUGCAAAACCAGACCCUAAUUGUCAGAUGAAAGAUAUUGGAGAAUUAACCAUGGAUGACUCCCAAGGGAUCCCCUAUGAUGUUCUGUUGUCUAAGGUGGAUGUAUCCUGUGGAACCUGGGGCAUGUACAACUUUUACAAGAUGCAGAUUGUCUGGCAGAAGGGUGUGGAUGUCUAUGUGCUAUUCACCAGGUGGGGAAGGAUAGGAUCCCAGGGUCAGUUCCAGCACACACCAUUCCAGAAGAAAGCUGAAGCUAUAGCAGAGUUUGGAAAAAUCUUCAGAUCCAAAACUGGAAAUUCUUGGUCAAAUAUCAACUCGUUUGAAAAUCAUCCAAAGAAAUACAGACUUGUCCAGCGGGAUGACAAGAGACAGAAAGAACGCAAGAUUGACUUCAGUCUCAAAUCAGACAUUCCCUCCAAGCUACCUGAACCAGUUCAACAGCUGUUUAAGGAAAUGACCAGUGUUAACAUGAUGUUGGCAGCUGUGAACAAGACUGGUAUCUACUCUGAUUACAUGCCAUUUGGCAAAAUAAAACGAGAAGCUCUCAUAGAAGGCAGAAAAUUAUUAACACAACUUGGGGAUUUGAUCAAAGCAGUACAGGAUCAGCUGAAGUCAGGAAUGAUGACUGCAGAAGACACACAGUCAUACCAAAGCAAUUGUGAAAAGAUCUCUAAACUGACAAAUGAAUAUUAUCAUCUCAUACCACAUCAUGGUUUCACAUUUGAGAAAAUUCAACCAAUAGACAAGUAUCAAUCCCUCAAACAACACAUGAAGGUACUGUCUGAUCUCUUGGACCUGGAAUGUGCCAGUAAAAUGCUGUUGGCAGCUCAGUCAAAAUUGUCUCAAGUUAAUCCACUGGAUUACAUACACCAGGCAGUUGGAUGUAAUAUAGAACCUCUGACAGAAGACAGUCCAGAAGCACAGUACAUACUCAAAUAUAUGUUGGGAUCCUGUGAGACUAAAGUACAGGCAGUGUACAAGCUGAGUAGACCUGGUGAGGAAGAGCGAUUAGCUGGUACAAACCUAGACAACCACAAACUGUUGUUCCAUGGCAGCUCAACAGCAAACUUCCUCAGCAUACUACAUAGGGGACUCCAGGUGUCCCCACCAGAGGUCCCAUUCACUGGUAACCUGUUUGGGGAGGGAGUGUAUUUCGCAGAUGCUUUCAACAAGAGCAAAGACUAUUGUUACAACACUAAUCCUGAAUCAGACACGAAACUUUGUUUAGUAUGUGAGGUUGCCCUAGGUAAGGUCACCAGUGUGCAAGAGAAUGGUUACACACCUCUAUCCAUCCAAGAUCUGAAAGAUACUGAUUUCAAUAGCAAGUAUAUCAUCGGAAGUAAAGGUCCCAACCCUGUCUAUGACGUUGCUUUGCCAUAUGGACCUACAAUCCCACUUGGCAUGGAACAAGACAUCCCUAAUGAUUCACCAAGACGUUGGCGUUGUUGUUUCAACAGUGAAUAUGUCAUUCAAGACCCCUCACAAAUCUGCCUGCGUUAUCUGAUACAGUUCACAAAGGCUAAGCCAAGAUCAUAAAACUCCACCUGUUGUACAUACACAUAGAGCUCCAUUAGCUUCUCACACAGAGGUGAGGCAAGAAUUAUAUCUCAUAUCAUCAUCACAGACUUGGAGAAAGUGUCAGAAACAUUAGAAGUGGUGUUGCACAUGAGACUAUGUCCAGUACGUCUCCUCUUCAUCAAGAAAUAUGUACUUAACCUGACGGUUUGCUGUUGGAAUAUUUAGUGAUUAAUUAACUAGGUAGAACAACCUGUUAUUAACCGUAAGGCUAUUCCGUAAUUAGAUAUUUAGGGUGGGAGUGCAGGGGGGUACUCUUUUGUGACCAUUUUUUACUACCCAUCAUUAUUUUUCCUGUGGUCACUGUACAAAUAUAAACAAUGAUUAAGACCCCCCACCCACAUAUUACUAAUUAUAAGUGCCUCCCUGCCAAUCAUAUACUCAUAUCUGGAAUAGUCUGUUAUAAACGGUCAGUGACGGUUUGAUUCAAGUACAAUAAAAUAUGUUUACAUGAUACUACGAAAACCUGUUUUUCACUGCUUUGAAAGUGUGAUUAUACAGUUAAGUAGUGUAGGUUUGGAAGAGGACAAAUAUUUUGGUAUGAAAUAAACAUGUUUUAAUGUAUGCAGAUAAUUGUUUAUGAAUUUUCAGAUGUGCAGCUUCCACAUAUUGUUGGUAUUGACGAGGAAUGAUUUGAAUAUUGUAUGUAGGUUGUAAAGUGUUUGUAAGGGUCCAAAGCCAUGGUAUACUUGUCUCUGUAUUGGCAGUGGUUCAGUGCAUGUUUUAAUGGCGAAUGCAAACAAGAAUUAAAUUCAUUGUAACAUACAUAUACUUAUACAUAAUUAUAAGAAAUAUUUAUUGUUGAAUAGAUCUGUAAGAAAGAAUAUUUCUUACCCAGAUAUUUUCAAAAAUAAUGAUAAGAAAUAUACAGAAAACAUUCUUUUAAUCACUAAUCACCAAAGAAAAAAUCUUAAUUAUUUAAGAUAGAAAGUUUGAUAUGUUUUAAUUUAACAACUUCUUGUGUUAAAUAGACAUGACUAGUAGAAAUACUAACAAAGAUUCUUGAUAUGCACAUUUCAUGUGUGUUUCAUUACUUCUAUUGUCUAAGUUAUAGGUUUGAAGACCGUAUCUAACACUCACAUUUCAUAUGUGUGAGAUUUGAAGACAGUAACUAACACAUUUAUGUUGUUAACCUGCAUGAACUCUAUUACUCUUUGAAUACUUCACUUUUUUGGAAUGGUAAAAUUUGAAAUUUUUUUUGAAAACAUUGACUAAAUUUUCAUUUCUAUAUAUUGAUUUAAUGUUAUAAGUUUAAAAGCCAAACUUUUCUGACAUAUGAGUUUGCAUGGUGUUAAUGUUGUAAUGUCAGAUUGCUGUAUUUUGACUAGAGUAUGUUCAAUGCAAUAGUUAUAUUGUACUGUAUACGAUGGGUUUACUGGCUAGACCAUUUUUUCUUGUUGUUAAGCAAAUGUAUUCUAUUUUUUACAACUUACUUUAAAUGAUUAUUUCUAAAGUUGCAAUCAAUUAGUUGAAGAUAUCUUUCAAGCUGUGCAAUUCCUAUGAUGUUCAUACCAAAUGUGUAUAGUCUUUAUGUAAGGAUCUCCACAUUUUGUUAAAAAAAAAAAUUUUUGAAGGAAAAAGUACCUGAUUGAACAUCAUUCUUACCUAAAAUAGUUCAAGGCUCCAAUUAAACUUGUGUAUUACUCUGAAUAGAUCAAUUAGAGAUGUAUGAUUUCCUGUCAGAAAUUUUGAGAUUGCAGGAUAUUCUAUGAGGGUGAAGGUGUCCAACUAACAGCUGCCACUAACAGUAGUUAAGAUACAGAUUUAUUUGAGUUUGUUGAUAUUUUUUUGCCCUCUUGUUAUGAGCUCCACAAUAUGUGCUGCAUAAACUUUCUUGGUUUAGCUCCUAGAGUGCUGUGAGAAUUCAGUAGAUAUAGACAAAUGUGUGUUUAAUGGAAUUUUUUGAAAUCUGAUGUUAGUUGUAGUGUUUAGCUGUAUACAAAUUGUGUCAGCUAUUUCUAUCCUUCAAUGACUGUUGUACAGUUGUCUGUUAACAUCUUAUACUUUAACCGUAACUUUGAAUAGCACUGAACAGGUUAAUUUCAGUUAUGAGGGUGGUAGUGAACAGUUUUAUUAUUUUGGAACCAAUUUGGUAUAUUUAGUUUAGCUGCUGUAACACCAAAUUAUAAUUUUAGUACAUCCUAGUGGAAAGAGUUUUACCUGAAAGUCAAAGUUCAAGGUCACAGUGACUCCUGAUAUGAAAUCUAUUUCCACACAAUAACUCCCUUUGGUUAGGCAUUCUCAAAGUCUCCUUACAGUGCUACCUUACAGAAAUGACUAUUAACUUACUACUAUUGUAUUUUUUGUACAACAUCAACUCAUUUGGCCACAUAUGUCCACUCAUGCUUAAUUCUUUAUAGACAGUUUCUGAUGGAUUAAUAGGUGAGAAAAGGAUACCUAAACCUGAUGGGUAUUGUUGAUAAAGUUACCAAACAGGAGCUUUCCCAAAGAUCCCCAAUCUCACCAACAAGGGCUGAAGGAUCAUUUUUCUCUUAGCCUUAGGUAUUUGUUUUUGUUAUCCAAAUGCUUUGCAUCAUUGCCAUGAUGCAAUAGGUAUAAAAGUGGAAUCACCUUGUCCCAAGCCUAAGGUGAGACUAGGAAAUCUCACAUCCAUUUAAAAAUCUGUCAACAAUAUGUGGUUCUUCCUAGUAAUAGCAUUUUUUUUUCAAUUUUGAAGGAUAAUGAGUUCAUAUUUUGUCUUUUCAAUAGGCAUUGAAACUGAACAGUGUUUAGGUUGACAUAUUGUGUUCAUUUUCAGUAAAUUCAAAUCUGAACAGACAUGAAUAUUUACACUCUGUGUUUUGAACUGCUACUGUAUCAUUUGAAACUUGUAACAUACAUUCUUCUGCAAGAACAACAAUGAAAUAUCAAAAUGUCAACAUAGUCAUAACCCAAACUCAAAGUGAAUAAAAUUGGGUUAAAAUGUGAACAAAAGACACCUGAAAAAGUACAAUUGUAAGACCAGGUGCCCUUGAAGAGUGUCUUCUGCUUUGAUGACACCCGCCAUGUAAAAUCUUGGUCAAUCCAAAUAAGUAAUAACACAUUCUCAAAUGGAAACAGCAUGUACAAGAAUGGAACCAACAGGCAAAUACAUCCUUUUUGCAAUAAGAAAUAGAAAAUUUUCAAUGAGAUCACUGUGAUGAUUGUAAAACUUCCUCAUAAUUUUCAUCAAAAUGCAUCUUUUGAAACUCUGUAACAAGUUAGUCUGUCAGUUGAUGAUUUCUUACAUGAAAAUCAUGAUCAUGGGAACAGGCCCUUAAAUAUUGAAUAAUUGCAACAUGUUAACACCAAAGGUAUGGGGAUGCGGGACUGUUACUUUCUAGAAAUGGAAAAUUCACAAUAGGGUGAUUGAUGGGAAGCUGUCCAUGUUGGUUUCAUUGUAGGAAAAGAUUAAGCCAUGGUUUCAACAUUAUCAGAAGAAAGUGUCUCUCUUUUGAAUAACUUGAAAUAAAAAUACAUAUAAUGCAGACACUCAACUAUGCAUACUUAAUGGAAUUCUUAUAUCAAUAUGGCUCCAAAACUUGUAAGUAAACAUGAUGAACAUUAAUUUUUACUUCUUUUGUAAUUUCUGUUGUCAUUUAUUCAUGUAUGAUAGCUUCAAUUACAGUCAAAUUAAGGUAAAAGUACUGCAUUGAAAUCAUGUAUUUCAGAGAAAUGAAAGUAAAAAUAGAAAGCAUAAUGUUGGUUCUACAUCUAGAAUUGGUGAUACAUGUGUACUUUUUACACAGAAACUCUGUACGAACCUAACUGCCAAAUCUACAUUAGUCAUUAAACCUACGAAAAUCAUUUUGCAGUAACAUAAGGAUCAUAUAUACAUAAAACAGCCAUUUUUAAUGAGAACUUAAAGGACUGGUUGUGUACCCAUGAUAUUUCAACUGUGUUAGUGCUAUGUCAACAUUUAAUCAUAGAAACUUUGAUCUCUAUUUACAUCACAUAUGAUUAAUAAAAUCAGAGAAUGACAAGAUGUGAAUGUUUGAUGUGAAGAAGAGGGCAGUUUUAUUGACAUGGAGCAUGAAGCAUUUAUAACAAAGUUUGUACUCAGGAACAGAAGUUACAAAUCGAUCACGAUCAUGCCCCCAUCCCCCCAUAUAUGACCUUGACCUUGUAGAUACCAUCCACUGUAAUGCCAUCAUGCUGUGCUGUAGAUGAUGCCUGAGCAUAGAUUUUGUUUGAAUAUUUUGUAGUAGCUUUAGCUUAUGUGUAUCAGCAGUAUAUUACGAUGAUUGCUUAGGUAAAUGUCAACAUAAACUGGUAUAGAAACUGCAGUGUUCAUGCUAAUCUUCCCUUCAUGUUUUAAGGUAUUGGUUAAACUUUGCAUUUUUUUUUGCAAAUGAUUAAAAAGAAAUUUUUAAUACCUGAUAGAAAAAUGAGAAUGCAAUGAUUCUUCUAGCUUGAUGUAACUUUAUGUAUCAAAGGACAACUUGCUCUAGAUCUAGUCCAUCUCCUUCCCUGUCCAAUUCAGUUAAUUACCAUAUCUACCAGGUAUUUAUUCUGGAAACAUUUAACAUACACAUUACAAGUAGUAGGAUCUGUAACUGAACAUUGUAAGUAAGAAUCUAUCAGAUAUGUAUUUUGUAAUAAUGGUAUAAUUAAACUUGUCACUAUAC